AUGUCCAUGUACCAGUACGCCCUGGCCCAGCGGCGCGCCGGCGGCAUGGCGCCCCGCCGCUUCGACGAGUACUUCCGCUGCUACCCCGUCGCCAUGAUGCCGGGCCCGGAGCGGGAGAGCGCAAACCAUGGGGGCAAGAUCUUCCUGCCGCCUAGCGCGCUGGACAAGCUCACGAGGAUGCAUAUCACGUAUCCGAUGCUGUUUGAGCUGAUCAACGGCGCGAAGGAGAAGGUGACGCAUGCGGGGGUGCUGGAGUUUAUUGCGGAGGAGGGGAAGGUGUAUCUGCCUUACUGGCUCAUGGAAACCCUCCUCCUCUCCCCCGGCGACCUCAUCCAAAUAAAAUCCACCGACCUCCCACCGGGCACCUACAUAAAACUGCAACCGCAAUCCCCCUCCUUCCUCGACAUCUCCGACCCCAAAGCCGUCCUCGAAACCGCCUUCCGCAACUUCUCCUGCCUCACCACCGGCGACAUCUUCACCUUCAGCUACAACGACUCCGUCUACAGCAUCGCAGUGCUCGAAACGCGGCCCGAGAACCCCAAAAAGGCAAUCUGCACGCUCGAAACCGACCUCAGCGUCGACUUCGCCCCGCCCGUCGGCUACGAAGAGCCCAAGCGCGCCCCUGCGUCGGGGACAUCCACACCCCGCAGCGGCACCUCCACCGCCAAUACCCUAGCCGGUAAAGGCGGCCCCCUACACCCCCACGGCACAAUGGCCGCCGCGAUAAACUACGCAGCGAUCGCCCCCUCCUCAACGACCGCAGCCCAGGGCGCCAAAGCCGUAUCCUCGAACUUCGGGUCCGCGGGCCACAAGCUGUCGAGCCGGCGCGGGGGCUCAAAGGCGCCGACGCCGAACCCGUCGACGCCGGUGCAGGGCGCGAGUUCUAAUACCCCGCCGACGGUGGUGAGGAGGACGAAUGGCCCGCAGCCGCUGCGCUUGCCGCCGGGGAAGCUGUUUCUGGGAUAUGAGGUUGUUCCUGUGAAGAAGAAGGGGCAGGAGGAGGAGGAGGAGGAGGAUAAGGAGGGGACGAGGUUUGCGGGACAGGGGCAGACGUUGAGGAAGAAGAAGGGGGACAAGUAG